GUUGCCAUGCCGGAGUGGCUUACACUGUCACGAAAAAGCCAAAGGCUGCCGUGAAAGCCGUUCUUGAAUUCCCGGCCAGUCAUGGCUCGAAGCCGACGUGGCGCGCCGAGCUCAUUUCGCUUGGUGUCAUACCAGACUGCUUCAACGGUCGGAAUGGCGCUCCAUGACAAUGCCUUCGCCGCAGAUUUCACGUGUCUUGAGGAUAUGGGCCAUUGAUCGGAACACUUUAUCCCAUGAUUAUCUUAGCCUUCGGCGGUGGCUUGCGUGUGUAUUUGAUAUUUGAGAGCCUGGAUGAUUCGCUCACAGAAACUCGCUUCGAGCCAGCAUUCAUCAUGGACAUCCAUUUCAGAUUAUUUUCUAAAUGCCUUGAGUGAUACCACAGCAACCACCAAAGCCCCGUUAAGCAGCUGGAGCACAUUCUGUUUGGUAUAUGAUUUUCACAAUGAGCAACCACUCAAACCCACCUCCAGAUUACGCUGCUCUAAACGUAGGAAAACCCUUCCGGUAUGAUGCGGGAGAGAGCUUUGCCGCGCAAGAUGUCCAGAUCAUUUUGAUCGACUGCAAGAAAUCGAUGGUUCGAAAAGCGAUACUCAGUUCGAAGAAAGAGUGCGGAGGUCAUAACCACAACGACUCGAGUUCGACCAAGUGCCUUAGUCAUUGGUUGCUUUCUGGCUUGUUCCCGUUUGAGCCACCAACGAUGGGUUGCAAUAAGUGCUAACGGCGCCGCUUGUCACUUCGAGGCCCUUGGAUAUUUUCUGAGUGUGUAAUUCGGUAAACCCGAAAGAAAUCAUUCCAGCCUGAUAGCACACCAGUGAACAUCAGCAAAUAAAUAAUCAGCAUAUUCUAA